AAAUACUGUUCUUUGAAUGUGCGUCCCUCAUUUGGAGGUUGUUGUCUCAUGCAAACCUGAAGAUAGUAUUGGCUGUACAAUGACCUCCCAUACAGGAAAAAAGAUCUUCAAAGGACUUCUGUUUCUAGAAGUUCUUGGAAUUUUGGGCGCAUAUGGGCUAUAUUACAGAAUGGAUACAAGUCAAGAUUUCAGGCAAAAAAUGAACAGGAGAUGUCCUUCUAUCCUGGAAGUUUAUUACAAAUGUAAUGAGUGGUCUGGGAUUUACGGGAUAAAGGAGAGAGAUCACGAGGCAUGGUUAAACAACAAAAAUUAAGCAUCUUGUGACUGAACUUCUUUUUUCGCUUGAUGAUGCUUUUCUCAUCUCUAUUGUGAAUCCAUUUGUCACGCUCUGCCUCCCACCUGAGCUGUUUGAAAUCUAACAGAGGAAGACAAAUAAGUGAAUGGGAUAACGACAUUCUCUGCACUGAGUUUUUAUAUGGAUGCAAAGAACACUAAGCCAGAGAUUCAAAAGACCACAAUAAAGCAGGAAUAAUUUCCUAACA